AUGAAAUUUUUUAUAAAUAUUAUAAAAAAUAUUAAUUAUUAUUUUAUUCAAUUUUUGUUUUUUCCAAUUUUUAUUUUUUGUUUAUCAUGUAAUAUUCUGACAAAACAAUUAAACGAAAAAAUUCAAAUAAAGACACCUCUUGGAAUUAUUGAAGGAAGGAGAUAUUGCAUUAAUGAUUAUGGAGAUAAAAUAGAUGUGUUUUUUGGUAUUCCUUUUGCUUUACCUCCAAUUGGAAAUUUAAGAUUUGAAAAGCCAAAAUCUAUUCCAAAAUGGAAGGGUAUACGUUUAGCUACACAACCACCCCCAGCUUGCAUUUAUCAUGCGUGGCCGGAAGGUUUUGAUAAAAAGGAAAAGAAUUAUUCUGAGGAUUGUCUUUAUUUGAAUAUAUUUGCACCCAAAAUUGUAAAGAGAAAAACACCCGAACCUAUUCAACUAUAUCCAAUUUUGUUUAUAAUUCAUGGUGGUGGAUUUGAAGUAGGUUCAUCACAUGAGUAUCACAAUUAUACCGAAAUUGGAAAAAAAUUUGUUUCUCAAGGAAUUAUUGUUAUUUCCAUUCAUUAUCGGCUUGGAUGGAUUGGUUUUGGGUCUACUGGUAAUGAUGAAUUGCCUGGUUUUAACAAAAUAUUUUUAUUAAUUACCGUAUUAUCUCUAAUACAAGCCCUGGGCGUCUAUUUUUCAAUACCCCUCAUUGACUGGGCUUCUAAUAGGGCAUGGGCUUCUAUUAGGGCAUGGGCGUUUAUUUUUCAAUAUCGAAAUUUUAUAGAGAUAAAAGAUAAAAGUAACAGAAUUAAACUGUUUAUCAGGAAGAAAAAAAGAAAAGAAUGUAAAAAUUAAAUAUCAAAAUCAAUAUAAAUAUCACUAAAACUCCUUUCCCUCAAACUAGUAGCGAGGAAAUCCCUUAUAAUCACGCAAAUCACUCUUAAUGAACUCCUGAAUAAUCAGAUUAAGCUCUCUAUUCAUCUUUAUUAAAUCCAUUUUUGUAAAUAUCCGUUUAAUUCCAAAAUAUUCCUCGAUAUCCCCCUUGCUCUUAAAUCCAUUUUACAACUUAACCUUCCAUAUCCCUAUUAUCCUUUCAUUUUAACAGUAUCCCACUCUAAUCUUCCAAUGCU